AAUUAUCACCCACCACAAUCUUUGAAACUCAUCUACAUUGCCCAGCUCCAAUCCUCAGACUUAGAUUAUCACCAUGGCCUUCUUUUCGCCCGUUGAUGCCCCGGAGCAUGUGCAAAAGCUCCUAUCCUCCCUCCACAAGGUCUCGCUUGAGCAAGAAGCCGCCAUUUCCAAGACUGGAAAGGUCAUGUCAUCGGACGUCUUAGGCGACUUGGAGGAUAAGCUGUCGCACGGCACCGCUCGGGGCGAGUUUGACAAGCUCAUGCUUGAUAAAUUCAUUGCCCUUGAUGAGGACAAAUGUCAGUUCGUGUACCAGCUAAUCAACGCCACUGGGGCAACGAACAUUAUCGAGGCUGGGACUAGCUUUGGAGUCAGCACAAUCUAUCUCGCCCUUGCCGUAGCUAAGACCAAAGCUGCCCUUGGGAAACCGGGAACAGUCAUUGCUACUGAGAAAGAGACGGAAAAGGCAGAUAUUGCAAGGAAAUACUGGAAGCAAUGUGGUGAGGUGGUAGAGAGUCAGAUUGACUUGCGAGUUGGAGACUUGCUCGAGACGCUGAAGCGGGAUCUGCCCGAAGUGGACCUCCUCCUUCUUGAUAUUUGGUCGGUACUCGCCCUCCCAACCCUCAAGAUCGUCCAGCCUAAGCUUCGAUAUGGUGCCGUCGUUUUAACGGAUAAUACUAUCUCUGGCGCGGAAGGCUAUGCCGACUUGCUAUCAUACCUCCGGUCACCAGAAAAUGGCUUCCGCAACAUGACUCUGCCAUUCACAAACGGUUUCGAAAUGAGUGUCUACCUACCCUCACGCACGACUACAAAGGUGUAAGGCUGGAAUUUUUUCUGCAUGAGAAUUAAGUAAUUGGUUCUAGAUUGGUGGCAGGGGGGAUUGUAAAUUUCAGUAGGGAGUUAGAAC